AUGGGCUUUCAGGACAACGACGACAACUUCGGCACCAUGUCUAAGUUUGCCACCGUCACCACGCAGCCCUUUGCUCAUGCCGAACCGCAGACGAGCGCCUCCCAUGAGCUCAACCACGGCGCUGAUACCCAAUCCACGUCCUGGAGACGUAACCCUCGCUCACACGCUCGCAAGCUCGCGCAUACGCUCAGCACGCGCCACGGCUGGUUUGGCGACUACAACUUUGCUGCUCUCUGCCUUCCACGCCUCUUCCCGUGGAAGGCAGAUUCGAGACUCAACGUCGGUUCAGGUGAAUCGCCUUUCUACGGCGUUUACGAUGAGCUUCCUAUCGCUGUCGCGGCCAUCUGUGGCUUUCAACAUGCGCUUGCCAUGCUUGGUGGUCUGAUCACCCCUCCCAUGAUCAUCGCUUCCUCUCUUAACCUGUCGGGCGAGACUUCGGCCUAUCUCAUCUCUGCCAGUCUUAUCACUUCGGGAAUCUUCUCUGCUAUUCAACAAUCUGCGAUCCCUCUCCCCUUUGGACGUCAGCUCGGUACCGGUCUGCUCAGCGUGGUUGGCACCAGCUUCACCACUCUCUCCGUUACGACUAGCAUCUUCACCAACCUUUAUUCAGAGGGAAUUUGCCCACUUAAUGCGGACGGAAGUCGCGCUGCGUGCCCGGACGCGUAUGGCUACUUGCUUGGCACUGCUGCGGUAUGCGCCUUGCUCGAGAUUAUGCUCUCCUUCCUGCCUACAAGAGUCCUGAAGCGCAUGUUCCCUCCGAUCGUUACAGGAACCGUGGUCGCAUUCAUUGGGAUCAAAUUGAUCGGGGAAAGCGCAAUUCCAUCCUUCGGUGGAGGCUCGUCGUGCCAUGGCACAACCACGCUCUGCUCGGGCACCGAUCACCGCGCCUACGUCUGGGGCGACGCGCACUACCUCGGCCUCGGAUUCCUCGCCUUUAUGACUGUCGUCGUCACAGAGAUCUUUGGCAGCCCCGCCAUGCGCAACGCAUCCAUCGCCAUCGGCUUGCUCUUCCCGCUCGUCGUCGCGGGCCCGCUCGGGUACAUCUCCGGUGCGCCUAUCGCUGCCGCCAAACCCAUCACUUUCCUGUGGGUCGAGACGUUCAAGCUUCGUGUCUACGGGCCUGCAGUGCUUCCACUGCUGGCGGUGUACAUCUCGCUGAUGAUGGAGUGUAUCGGUGAUGUGACUGCGACGUCCGAGGUGAGUCGCGUCGAGGUGGACGGGGAGAAGUACGACAGGAGGAUCAGCGGUGGUGUGUUGGUCGAUGGGUUGGCGGGCAUCUUCAGUGCAUUGUUCACAGUGCCGCCGCUGUCGGUGUUUGCGCAGAACAACGGUGUGAUUGCGAUCACAAAGUGUGCCAACAUCCAGGCGGGAAGGUGGUGCAGCUUCUGGCUCAUCUUGUUCGGCAUCAUCGGCAAGCUGGCCGGGUGUGUGCGGGCGAUCCCUCAACCGGUGCUCGGAGGCGUGCUCAUGAUCCUCUUCGGCUCGAUCGCCGUGUCCGGCGUUAAAGUGCUGCAGAACGUCACAUUCACGCGAAGGAACCGAUUCAUCUUGGCGCUCAGCUUUGCCUUUGGUUUCGGCACGCUGCUGGUCGAUGACCUGUUCGACGAGCUCUUCACCUACAACGGAGGCAACAAGGCACUCAAGGGUUUCUUGGACAGUAUCAUCAUUGUCAUCUCGACGCCGUUCUUGAUCAGCGCUAUUGUGGGCAUGAUUGCGAAUGCCGUGCUACCGAUGGACGAGGAGGACAGGGAGCUGCAGCGAAUGCGCGACGCGCCGGCGAUGCGUGCCCAGUCGUCGUCUGACGAGAAGCUGUCUGCUUAA